GCAAUCAUGCCUGAGCCAGCUAAGUCUGCACCUAAGAAGGGUUCUAAGAAAGCCGUGACCAAGACGGCGGGAAAAGGAGGCAAGAAGCGCAAGAGAUCCAGGAAGGAGAGCUACGCUAUCUACGUGUACAAGGUGCUCAAACAGGUUCAUCCUGACACCGGCAUUUCUUCUAAGGCCAUGGGCAUCAUGAACUCGUUUGUGAACGAUAUCUUCGAGCGCAUCGCUGGUGAGGCUUCCCGCCUGGCUCACUACAACAAGCGCUCCACCAUCACUUCCCGGGAGAUCCAGACCGCUGUGCGUCUUCUACUGCCCGGAGAGCUGGCCAAGCACGCCGUCUCUGAGGGGACCAAGGCUGUUACUAAGUACACGAGCUCGAAGUAAAGUUUUACUGCAACCUU